AUGUUGGCAAGAAAAAGAGGUGCUGCCAUAAUAUUGAAUGUUCUUCAGAGUACUUCAAAUAAAGGAAUAUACUUUGUGCCUUUUACUUCUGCAUCUAACAAUGACUUUAAGACUCGUCCUAGCGUGGACGAAAUGGUAGAUGGGAGGGAGGAGGGGGCGAAUUCAUCAGUAGGAGAAAGGUUGAAAGAGGGAGCAGCAAAAGCAGUGGAGACGGGGCUAAAUGUGGGGGAAAAGGCGAAAGAGAGCAUGGAUGAGGCGUGGGAUGCAGCUAAAGAAACAACAAAGAACGUCAAGGAUGCAUUAGUUGAUGACGCUAAUGAUGAAAUGAAAAAGGGCUAUGAAUAUCCACCUACUCAUAAAGAUAAACAUACACAAAACUUGAGGAAACGUGCUGAUGGUUAUGAUUUGAGUGAUCGUCAUUAG